GAAGGGCUGCAAAAAAGUCAUUUAAGAAUUAUCUCUUCUACGCUCAAGCAGACAGCCUCUCUUUCUCUCUUCUUCGCUCACACACACACACACACUCGCAGGCCGCUGCUGUCGCUUUGAUCUUCCCUUAACAACAGUGCACGUCACUGGCUGCAGCGCACAGAAAGAGUUUUGUCAGGCGGAACGCGGCGCGAGCCUUGUUCAGUGGCUUGCAAGCAGCAGAGACGGAAAGAGCAGCAGCAUCAGCACAAACCUCCGUCCUUGCCGAAAAAAACACGACUUCUUUAUUUUUUACCCCUUUCCUCCGUGCCAAAGUCAAGCAAAGCCGAAGCCAUGGAGCACCAGCUGUUCUGCUGCGAGGUGGAUACCACAAGAAGAGCUUACCACGACGCCAACUUGUUGAACGAUCGAGUUUUACAUACAAUGCUCAAAGCGGAGGAAAACUAUCUCCCCUCGCCUAAUUAUUUCAAAUGCGUGCAAAAAGAAAUUGUACCCAGAAUGAGGAAAAUCGUCUCCACAUGGAUGCUAGAGGUGUGCGAAGAACAGAAAUGUGAAGAAGAGGUUUUCCCUUUGGCCAUGAACUACUUGGACAGGUUUCUGUCUGUUGAUCAGACUAAAAAGACACGACUGCAGCUGCUGGGAGCUGCCUGCAUGUUCUUGGCCUCCAAAAUGAAGGAAACCGUGCCACUAACAGCUGAGAAGCUUUGCAUAUACACGGACAACUCCAUCCGCCCAUGCGAACUAUUGCAAAUGGAGCUACUUGUACUGAAUAAGCUGAAGUGGGAUCUAGCCUCAGUGACACCACAUGACUUCAUUGAACAUUUUCUCACCAAACUGCCCAUUCAUCAGAGCACCAAGCAGAUCCUGCGCAAACACGCACAGACGUUUGUGGCUCUCUGUGCAACAGACGUCAACUUCAUUGCAAGCCCUCCCUCGAUGAUUGCAGCUGGAAGUGUUGUCGCAGCAGUGCAGGGACUCUACUUGAAGAGUGCAGAUGUUUCCUUAUCCUCCCAAAACCUUACCAACUAUCUGUCUCAAGUUAUCAGGAGCGACCCAGACUGUCUUCGAUCGUGCCAGGAGCAGAUUGAAUCUCUGUUGGAGUCCAGUCUGAGGCAGGCGCAGCAGCAAAGCAUCUCCACAGAAAGCAAACGCGUGGAGGAGGACGCAGAUCUUUCGUGCACUCCUACAGAUGUCAGAGACAUUAACAUCUGAGAGUGUCGGCCUUCGUCUAGAGUCUUAUUUUUUCAUUGGGGUAAUGGGCUUUAACCAGAGGCUUCAUGGGACUAGAGGGCACAAAGUCCCUGCACCACCAGAUCCCACACAAAACCUCAACCAAUCGCCAAUAAGCCCCUCAGACUGCCCUUGCUGUCGACCCCUCAGUGGAACCCCCAGUGUCCUUCACGAUUGGGCUGUUGCUGGCUAGGACCACCAGAAGAGGACAAGGGAAGGAUAAAACCCCUCUCAUCCCUUCAACAUUGCUUAUUUCUCUCUUUUAUCGAACCCUCUUCACGUAACUUGAGUCAAAAAAGACAAAAAUGUAUAGCUAAUCUAGGAUUUUUUUCAAUUGCAACAGCUGCAUAUAUUAUUUAUGUAGUUGAUACUUGUCUAAUGUAAAGACAAGCAAAUAGUUUGGUAUUGGAAUUUUAUUUCAAGCGUAUCAAUAACCAUUAUUUGAAAGAGAAGAGGCAUUAUUUUUGUUUCUUUUUACCUCUUUCUUUUAGCUAGUAUAAUGUCACACAUGCUAACAGUCACCCCAACCUUUUUUUUUUUUUUUUUUUUUUUUUUUGCAGUCUAGGCAUGUGUAUGUAUCCCUGCUUGCUUAUGCGUUUAGUCACUUUAUUCUAUUGUCUAGACUUUUAAAAUCCCUAACAUGUUUCUUUUUCUUUCAAAAUGGCUUGUGUAACCCUAGUAUAUUUUGUUAAGCAUGUGUUAUUCUAUGUUAUGAUUUAGAGGCCUGUGGAUUGCCAAAGCUAAGGCUUUAACUGAACACCAGACAGAACCAUUUCCAGUUUUCCCAUUUUUUUUUUGUUCGUUUUGAUUGUCCUCACUGCCAAUGCCAUCACUGGUUGUGACACAAUAAGCUUAUCUCCAACCCGCUUCCUAUAUUACAUUUGCAGUGCAAUCCACAGUCUACUUUCUGUUUAGAUUCAUGUAUUUUAAUCUAAUACCAUUCCAUAUUUUUUUUUUUUUUUUAAAAAGCACUUUUAGUCUGUCUUGUAAGACUGACUUAUGAAAAAAAAAUCCACAUUUGUAAAACAAAACUGAAAAAAAAACAAAAACAUGGAAUGGAGUAGGAUUUGAGAACAGGUUUAUUUCCUGUCUGCAGCAUGGAGCAGGUCUCUUUAUGGUGUUAUAGGUUAGAGAGAAAUGGAGAGUUGGAAAAGAAAUGGAUUCUCAGAAUAGGAGUGGAGCAUUACAGCAACCGUCACUAUCCUCCUAGUUGAGCUGGACGCUGGAGAACAUUGAGAAGCAAUCUCAAUGAGAGUGACCCACACAAGCCUGCCACCAUUCAGCUCCAGGCACAGUAAUGCUUUUUAAACACUAAAGUUAAAAAAUAGCUAUAACAAAGAUUGAGAACUAUUUAUUUUGUUCUAUCUAUUCCCCCUCAUUUAAGGCCAGUAUGGAACGCGACCACAGGAUGCCCGAGUUUUGAAGUGUGCUCAAUGCACGACUGUUUGCUACCUUGUGUGAAUUUUUAAUUUUAUUUUUUUAAAUAUUUUUUUGGACGAUCACAGAAGCGCCAUAGUUGUUCUGAGCUGGAUGAGAAAAAAAAACAACACAGAAUUACAAGAGAAUCUAAAGUGCUGUGGCCUCUAGAAGAUUUUUGCACAAACCCCAAGAUUUAAUGUCCCUCAUCAACUCAACAGGGACGAAGAUGGAUGUUAAGAGGAGGCAGAGUGAGACGUUAAGAGUUGACGCCUGGACAUCAGAAAGUAACUGCAGAAUUAAACUAAGGUGUUUGUACAAUGAGAAAGGAAGAGAACAUGGGAGCACACACUCCUCAUAUUUAGCUGCUAUGGUGGGAUUUCCGGCAAGUAUGAAACUUUGAAUGAAAAAAAAAAGAAGAAGAAAAAAAGAAAAAAAAAGGAAGACAUGCUUUGUUCUCUUGUCUUGUUUUGCUGCUAUUUUUGGUUUUGUCUAUGUAUAAUGUCAAUAUACUGCCAUAGGUUUUUAAUUUUCUCAGAGAAAAUUAUGAUAUUGACAUCUGUUUCUUUUGGUAGUUUUUUUUAUGUGAUCAGUUUUUAUUAAUGUGAUUUCUUGCGCUAUUCCAAAAAGAGGAAAAAAAAUGAAAAAAUAGACAAAUGUUCCUGUUUUACCCACAAUACCUCAACCAGUCAUGAUUUAGUAAUAAUGAUUUUUUUUUCCUCAGUUCUGUCUUUUGUUUUACUUUGUUAUUCAGUGUAACUUUACACAUUACAUUCUUCUUCUGGGUCCUGAUAUGAGCAAAUAAAUAAAUGCAUAAAUAAAAGAGAGAGAGGUAGAGAGAGAGAGAGCACAUUAAAUUAAAUUGGUGCCAUAAACAGCUUGAUUAUAUAACUCGUUUGAGUUUUUAACUGUUUCAUUAAAAGAGACUUUAUGCCCCCAUCUUUAGGCCCCUUAUGGCCUGAUCUAAAUGUAUUUAUGAAGCUUUUGUUCAAAUUGAAAGCAGAUAUGAAUUUGUGAAUUUUACAAAGCCAUAGUAUUGUAGUAAUUUAACAUGGCUCCCAUGUCAGAAGCUAAAUAUGUUGCUUUGAACACAGGAAGCUUGGCAUGUUAACAUCACAUGUGUCAAUAUCACAAUAAACGGCAUGUAGAUGCAACAACCAGCAGUAGUUCUUUCCUUUGUCAUAUUGCAUUCAUGGGACAUUUACAAAUUUGGAAAAUGCUUUUAACUUAAACAUCAGGAAUUGACCCUCGAUCCUCCUUUUCUAAACCUUUUCCAUUUUAGCCAUAGACAUGGUGCUGCUAAGUCUUCUUCGUCGUGACUGGAGAUAGUUCUUCUAUAGAAAGAAGUACAGCUUGGAGUUCUAGGGUGAGCUACUGGCUAUACAGAGGAUGUGUGGACAAGACCGCACAUCCUCUGUAUAGGAUCAGGAAUGUUUGUUACCUCAAGACAAAAAAAAGUCUAAUCAGCUGCAUAUUUCACCAGGCAAGACAUAUAGGUUUUUUUAAACAAAAAGUAAAAUAAAAGACAAACUGGUGUGGAGGUGUUCACCCAUGUUUUCCUUUGAAUGUGUAAGGAGACACAGUGACUCGGACAAUGACAGAGAAGUCAUUGCGUACUCUUUUCCCCUAACCCAAAAAAAAAGCUUGGUUUUGUGUCUUGUACAUGAGAGCACUUGCUCUUUUUUAGUUUUUUUUUUUUGUCUCGAAUGGUGUUAAUCAAUAAACACUCUCGUAGAUGUGGUGAUGACCCAGAAAUAAAAUGUUACUUCAUGUGUUUUUUUUCUUUCUUUGCUGGUCCAAAAUGCACAAUCUUUUUCUUGCAGACCCAUUCUAGGCAUUAUGUUAGCUAGAAUUAAAGUUGAGCUUCAAAAUC